UGCCGUCACAAUCACAGGAGUCGCGAGCCGCUGAUAAGUGCAACGGGCGUUUGUAUACCUAGAAAAACAUGGGCGCAGAGGAGGGGAGCGGACACCCCAAGCACGGCGGCGUGCAGAGGGUGGUCAAGAGCACGGUGGUCAUCAGCCGGCUGCCGAGGGCUCAGUUAUGCCUGCUCUCGUCGAGGCACUUCAACCACUUCGGCAGGAGGUACGGCCACUUCGGCGGGAAGCUGAGCUACUUCGGCGGCAGGGACCUGGCGGUGAGCCGCGGGCUGACGAGGCUCGGCAGGGCGCGCGGCGGGGCCUGCGGCGUGCCCCUGGGGCUGCCCGGGGGCAGGGCCCCUCACGCGGGGGCGGCGAGCGCCCUGUGCGGUGGCGCCAAGGUGCUGCGCAAGGUCGGCGAGGCAGCGACGGUGGUCGCCGUGGCGGUGGACGCCUACCGCCUGGGCCGCGACGCCGAGGCGGACAUCCUGGAGAAGGGCCGGCUGGGCAAGCGCACGGCCAGGACGGCCGCCUCCAUCGGCGGCGGCUGGGCCGGGGGGUUCAGCGGCGCUGCGGCGGGGAGGUCCACGGGCGCCUGGGUCGGCGGCGCCGUGGGGUCGCUGUUCGGGGGGCUGUGCGCCGCUCGCGCCGCGCUCGUCGGCUCCGCUCUGGGCGCGGUCCUCGGGAGCCUGGGCGGGGUGGCCGCCGGCAGCAGGGCGGGGGAGGCGGCCGUGGACCUCGUGGUGGCCGACCCCGACCCGCACGAGGACGACGCCCUGUCCGACUGCGAAGAGGACGACACGCUGGUGUCUUGCGCCGGCGAGGAGGAGGAUGCUUACUGGUACGACGAGUACCUGGAACCAAUCUGCGAAGAGUACUGCACAGAGAGUUGCUGUCGCACUUGCUGAUUCGCCUGCUUCUGGCCGAGAUGAAUAUUAACAUGCAUGUUGUAAAUGUUAUUAUCACAGUGCGUCUGAAGAACGCUUCACUUUUGUUGUCUCUAACUAGUUGGGAACUAAGCAAUGUCUAUAUUUCACUUUUUAAUAGUUAUGUUUUUUAUUAAAAGUAUACAGCGUCUAAAAUAUUUUAAUUACGUUGCAGUAUAUUAAUCAUCCAAUCAACCAACCAUAAGAAAAUCUUUCGUUUGUUUGCCACUUACCAAAUCUGUGAACCGCCGCAGUAGGUAAUCAGCUGACACCCUCAGGUUAGCAUGUUUGGAACACUCGACGGCGCUAAGCUUGUGCCGUGACCUGUAAUAGAUGAGCAUAAGUCAGGGGGAGGGGGGGGGGCGACCUGUUGAGACGAUAACACACACGGACGGACUUGACGCCUCGGUGUAAACUCGACAUGCAGCACGACGUGUAAGCUACAUAGUCCAGUCGUGAGAUGGACAUCAUCCAUAUAUGUUGCCCGUCUGUGCUUUCUUUGAAAAACUACUGAAAAAUAAUUGGUUUCUUCUUUGGUGGUUGCACCCAGCCCUAGCGACUAGGCUAUCGAGUAGUGUUUUCCGUUUAAAAUUCUUUGAUCACAGACAUUAACAAGAAAUACUUUUUUUUCCCUUCAUUCUAACAUUUAUCAGUUUGCCAGUUUCUCAAUUGCACAAAUAAAUUUAUUUUACGUCAAGCAUAGUGAACGAAUACUACGAAAAUCUUUUCAAAAGCUAUAAACUGCGGAAGCCCCGGACCUCGCGCCAGCGGGUAGACACUCGUCUAUUGCAUUUGCAGGUUCUGACAUGCGCCUGUCCAACGCGACAUGCUUUCUAUGCGUCGGUCCCGCCGAUGAUGCCGUCACGCGCGUGGGUAACACGCUAGUUUACUUUACGCCUUCCGGCCAGGUGAGGUGCGUUCUUGCGCAUUUCAUAUGCUCGUCCAUUACAGGCCUAAUACACAUAGGGAAUAAGGACGUUGUACAGUGUGCGAUGGUGAGUAGCGUCCAGGCAUACGACACUCAAAGAAAGAUCUCGUGCAGGAUAACCCUCGCUGGCCAUACGAAAACUUUCACUAAAUACACCAACACGUCACUUUGUUAAGUAGUUAGAGUUUAAUUUGCAACUUAGGACUUCUCGUGGUCUUCCAUGCGAUUAGAAAUCUCAUUGCGCUACGCAACGUGGAAGCAACCAUGCAAUCCUUCCGCUUCUGCAGUUUGAAGUGGAUCUUCUGGGAUACCGUAAAUCGGGGUGAUGACAUCGUCUGAUGAUAAUGAAAAUUGUCAAGCUCGGAGGGUAACGAAAAGUUCAAAGCGAAUAUAAUGUAUCAUAUUUUAACUACAAAAUAACUUGCUGAAAACCCAGAUGGGAACAGCAGUGCUCGUCGGUAAGUUUGCUUUACAGAACACUCGCACACUUGUCCACUCGGACACAGGUAGUUGCACACUUUCUUACACACUCUCAUUCGUGUACAAUCAUCGCAUGAACGUCUAAAUACUUGCAUAUGUGUUCCCUACAAAUAUCCCACCCCUACGUCUGUGAAGUUUCAUUUUAACUAGCGUGGCGAUCACGCACCGACCUUUUUUUUUUAAAUAUUGUUUCCCAUAAGCUCAAGCGAUGGGCAGUCUGUGUACUAUCAUCUCAUCUCUGAUAAGCCACUCAAAACCACUGUGAUAUUUAUUCCGGUUUCAUCCAAUCUAAAAAGCUGGUGAUCGUGACUCCGUUAACGUUCGUUGUGCAUACCAGCCGGAUUAUUCGUUACAUCCACUUAAAAUUACUAAUAGUUUAGUGUCUUUUUCCAAGACAUGUAUUUAACCCAACAUACCACAGUGGUAUAAUAAAAGGAGGAGGUUCAGUAUACAUAAAAUAACCUCCCCACUUUUGCCAACUAAUGCUUUUCUAUAAAUUAUAAAAUGGUUGCCAUGAUAACUUGAUGUGUUUAGUAAAUAAUGACUAGUAUAAAAAAUAUUUUGAAGAUUUUUUUUUGUAUUUUACUGUUACUUCAUUUCAAAUAAUUUUGAAAUGUAUUUCUGAUUUUUUCCUUAGGUAAAUAUUAAAUGCUACAAAAAAUGUAUUGUAUAUGAAUUUGUACUCUAACGUAUUGUUUACAUGUAAAUUAUACCAAAUAAAUUGAUAACGAAAACAAAA